AAUGAUAAUUUGCUACAAUUCAAAAACUGCCAAACUUCUUUCCAUUUGUGUAGAGAUUAAAGAUUGCGCGUUCCUCAUGAGGCGUUCCAGAAGAAGUACUGUUACUGCGAGAAAAACCAAAGUCCAAGUUAGUGAUGAUGACUUUGAGAGUGCAUCCGAAGAUUUUACAGCAAAUGAAGAUGGCGAUUUCUCCGCCAGUGAGGAUGAAUGGUUGCCGGGUAAAAAAGAUAAAACAAAAGGUGCCUCUGGACAGGAUACCGAAGACUAUGAAGGUGCAGAUGAGUCGGACAAUGAGGAAGAAUAUAACACAAGUCAGGAAGAGGAAUCUGAGAGCGAUAAAAGUUCGGUUGUUUCCAAACGAAACAGGUCUUCCAAAGUGUCCCCGAAACAGCCCCUCAAACGAAAGCGACUAUCUCCAGGAACAAGAGAUGAGCUGUACAAGCGUACCAAAAAGCAAUUAUUAAAAGAAACAAAUACGCAGCUACCUCCAUUGAGCUCUAGUAUCUCUGAUAUUUUACAAAAAUGCCGAUUUCAGCGAAAGCAAUCCUUGCCUCAAAGCCAAGAAAAGAAAAAAGCCGCCUCGAAAAAGAUACGCACUAGAGAAGAUUCCGAUAGUAGCGGAGAUGAUCAUUUAGUUGAUCCAGAAAAGCUAGAUCUGAAUUCAAAAUUUUUUGAGCCAACGCUGGAGGAGGAUCAUAACCGUGCACCGCCCACUUUCGAUUGUAAUGCGGGCAUGCGGCUUUCAGAUGACUCGUCAGAUGACGAACUAGAUGAACCUAUACCCGCUUCAAUACCAAAACUGGCAGCGGAUAAACUAAUCCAUAAAAUUAACGAAUCUUCAAGCGGAUACUUGUCCUUCAAUAAUCAUGCUGAAUUCACAGUGAAGUUGGAAGAAGCCAAACAAUUAUUGAGAAAUUAUGAGUCGGUUGAGAAUAAAAAUAAUGCGGAGGAUGAGAAGAGUAAUACUGAUCAUAUUUCAAAUUUAUUGGCCCUGGGUGAAACAGAGGCCGGAACUUCAUCCAGCAAACCACCUGAGACUGGCCAAAAAAAUCUAAAUAACGAUGUGAGUGAUGAAUCCGAUUGGGAGGAGGUAGAAGAUGCUCAAAAAAGCCAGCAGUCAACUGGUCAACAAACUAAUGCAGCUGAUUAUCAGAUUUCAGUAGAAGUCGAAACAUCUAAAAGCAAGAAAAAGCGUUGGGAAGAAAUUGAAAUGGAACUAUACAUUAAGCGGCAGAUUAAUAAAGUCAAGCGAGAGAACCAAUUGGCCUAUCACAAAAGUAGCGUUCUGUGCGCUAUUGCUGUUGGGCGUAAACUAAACGAAAUUGCCGGUUCCGAUAAGCUAUGCAGUAUUCUACUAUCUCUCAUGCAGUCAAAGCAAUGUCAGGUUAAAGGAAAAGUGGAUGUAAAAUGUAUGGAGCAGUUGAUGGAAUGGUACAAAGGAACAUUUGAACUCUGCAACCAGCAAAUGUUACCAUCAAAAGGAUACAAUUUGAGAUUUAGUCUAUCUCUAGGUUUGUUUACGCACAAAUUAUUCUGUAAAAGAGAUUAUUUGUUGUUGUUUUUGACUUGUUUGAGAACCGUUGGUAUAGAAUGCCGUCUAGUGCUAUCUGCUAGUGUUCCUCCUAAAAGGCCCGCUAUGAAAGACCUCUGUCCCAUUUCGGAACGACUUCUAAUUGAACAGUUUGAAAAGGACUAUUGUAGAAAAAAUCCAGCCGCCAACAAAUCGGAUGAUAAAUCUCCUGAGAAGCAACCGAGUUUGAGUGAAAAAGCGGAUGCAGAUGAAAAAACAGAUAAAUGCAAAACAGAACCAGGAAAUAAUGUGGAGAAUAAUUUGGAGCUCAAACCUAAAGAAAAGUGUGCCUCAGAAAUAAUCCACCCAUCGGUUUCUCCUCAGCAAAUUGAAGCGGAGAAGCCUUCACGUGUAACAAGAUCUCGCAGCAAGCGGUCUUGUUCUAAGAAAAACGUAUCAGAGAUUCGCUUCUCGCUUGUCCCUGAAAACAUCACUAGAAAGAGGAAAUCUAAAUCUUUGACACCUAGCCCAUCUUCGACAAAAGAAAAUCUUAAACCCGUGAAAGGAAUUCUCCGAAGUCCUUCACCAAAAUUCGCUGCAAAGAAAACUUCCAAUAAAAAAUCCUCUAAUACACUGAGUAUUCCUCAGUUGGAUGGCAUUAAUGAUCUGGAAUCAACUCCCAACAGUGUUCCGUUGUCACGGAGAUUGCGCAGUCGUGCACGUACUAAAACUGAUGAAGAACCAGCUAAACAAGGUACACAUUUUUCUAGACGUCUCAAUAAUAAAUCGACUAUGAAAGCGACGAUCACAGAGCAGAACAAUAAUCAACCGGGAAAAAUUUUGAAACGGAAAUUGUGUCCUGUAACCACUGUUGUGAAAAGCACGCCAGAGAAUUCAGAAAAAUUAGAUACACCUACUAGCAACAAAAUUCUUGCCGCAUGUUCUUCUGAAAGUGAAUCGCCGUCGCCAAGAAAAUCUCAAAAAGCAGCCGUCGCAAAGAAAACUGUUUCCCGAAAACCGGUGCUCUCUGAUUCUGACGAUAGCGACUUUGAACCCCCAGAUUCAAAGAAAAAGAAAAAUGUAAAAGCUUCUAACUCGAAAAAGAAAACACCGCCUAAGAAAACGCCGGUUAAAAAGAAAAACAAUUCUAGUGUGAAAAAGGCGGAAUCUAAGCCAAGUUCUCCUAACACUAGCACAUCUAGUUCGAAUAAAACAGAUCUGUGGCUUGAAUUUUAUUCGGAAAAACAUAAGAAGUGGCUAGCAGUUGAUUUGUUUACAGGGAAGAUUGAUUGCGCUGAUUAUUUAGCGCGCCACGCGACCACUCCAAUAAGCUACGUGUUUGGUUUUGAUGCCGAUAAUCACGUCAAGGAUGUCACAGCUCGCUAUGUACAGCACUGGAACACGGUUUGCCGAAAACUGCGUGUUGAGUCGAAAUGGUUGAACAAGGCUCUCAAACCGUUCUGUGCUGAGAAAACUGAAAGGGACCAAGCGGAAGAUAACGAACUUAACAAAAUUCACAUCGAUAAACCACUGCCCACCACCAUUGCAGAAUGUAAAAACCAUCCAUUGUACGUACUUAAAAGGCAUUUGCUGAAAUUCGAAGCUUUGUAUCCGCCGGAUUUGCCCAGUUUGGGUUUCGUUCGCGGAGAAGCCAUCUACGCCCGGGAAUGCCUGUUUGUUUUACAAACGCGAGAGAAAUGGUUCAAACAGGCCCGGGUUGUGAAACCCUUUGAAACCGCUUACAAGGUGGUGAAAUGCUGGAAGUAUGAUAGGCAAAAGAAUGAAUGGCUCGGCAAUCAGCCCUGUGACAUAUUUGGAGUUUGGCAAACUGAAGAGUACGAUCCGCCUACUGCCGAAAACGGUAUUGUGCCACGCAAUGAGUACGGCAACGUGGAAUUGUUCACCCCCAAAAUGCUGCCGAAAAAGACCGUUCAUCUUCAGCUGCCCGGUCUCAAUCGCGUUUGCAGACGUUUAGGUAUUGACUGUGCUCCAGCGCUUACUGGAUUUGAGAAGGCGCGUAUGCGAAUGGUUCCGGUGUACGAUGGGUUUGUUGUGUGUGAGGAGUUCGGCAAUCAAGUUGUCGAAGAAUGGUACAAAGAAAUGGAGCAAGAGGAACGAAGGGAACAGGAGAAGUUCGAGAAACGAGUUUACGGCAACUGGAAACGACUCAUCAGAGGGUUACUGGUUCGCCGCAAGCUGCAAAACAAGUACAAUUUUGAUAAUUUGUAAGCUUUUUAAAAUGUUUUUGUUAGUAUUAUGUUUGUGUAUUGUAUACGUGCCUGAUAUUUUAUAUACGUUCGAAACGAUUUUUUUUGUCACAUAUAACCUGUUUCAUGUAGCAGAACCGGGUCAAAUGUCCAGUAUUAUUCACGUUAGACUAACUAACAUAUUCCACAGAACCUCAACAAAUGAAAUGUGCCAAAUUUUUCGGCGAAACUUUUUGAUAAAUUUAAUACUUAUUGAAUUCAAGGGAAUGCUGAAGAAUGCCAGUCAGUCUAAAAUCUAAACCAGUUUCACAGAGCAUCGAAAUUAUAUUUAUUCUUCAAUCUAUUCCGUAUUAGCAGCCCUUUGAUAAGUUUCCGCCAGUUUGCAUAAAUAGUUUUCUCGCGCUGUUGGUGUUUUCUCUGCUCUUGCUCAGUCUUAUCGCGUUCGUAUUCUUGCAAAACCUGCUCUUCAAACUCUUUGCAAAUAACAAUACCUUCAAACACCGGAUGAUUGCCCCCGGCGUGCACACCAAAGCCAACCACGGCCGUUGCGUAAUCUACGUUUAACCGACGACAGAUUUUUGAUAUGUUGCUUUCUGAAACAAAUCAUUCAGUGAAAUAAAAAUAAUCCGCCAAUUUUU